CUGGAAGAAGGGCCCAGCCUCCUGGAAGAGCUGACCAACAUGCCCGUGGCACCGAAGAGCGCCCACCCCAGACGAGAGCUGGAAGAGGCUCUCCAGGAUUUGGCCAACUCCCACCUGCGAGCCCAACCUCUGAUCCCGCCCGAAGCCAAGCCCGAAGAUGUGGACAGCGGGGACGCCUGGCCACAGGUCUUCUGUGCCUUCCAGGGCUGCAGCUGGUCGUCGCUCGCAGGGACGGAAGUGGAGCUCCACCAGCAUGUCGUCAAAGCACACAAACCAGAGCUACAGAGCGUCGCGCAGCACCUGCCCAAGCCCCUGCCCACCGACGCGCUGACCAGCGUCUACAACGAGGCCAUCGCAUUGCGAUGUCGAGAAGCCGCGCCCGUGGCGGGAUGCUCGCGGGACAGGAGCGCGCUGCGGAGCUUCGCCACGGCCACAAGCCAAGACAAGGUGGAGUCGCUCAUAUGCUUCAGCUGCGCCUGCAUCCACCCACGCGUGGCCGACAGCACAGAACCCAGCGGUCGCAUCCACUGGCGCAAACUCAUCAACGAGAGCCACCCCGAAAUAACAGAGAAAUUGCACGAGAUCCUCAGCAUCGACCAGUACCUGCGGCGCUACAACGACCUCGCCGGCGACGUGAAGCUCGAGGACGUCGCCAACUUCGAUGAGUGGACCGUCACCAUCCCCGGCUUCGGCGACAUCCUUUGCUGCCCCGAAGACCAUCGCUGCCAGGCCAACCCCCAGCACCCAGCCCAACACACCCUGUGCGAGCACUGCGAGGGUGAGAUGCCGCCUUUGAGCCUGUGCAACGACAUGUGGACCGGCUACUCGCCGGCACGGCUACACGAACAGAAAGUCACCGUCAUGGAGAUGAUCUGCGCAAGCCCGUGCAUUACGACCCUGAUCUGCAUGUCCAUGGAAGCCCGGCACCGCAGCGAAGGGACCACGCUGGACGAGAAGGCCCAGAACGCCAGCCACCGGUUGGGAGCACGAGGCAACGCCCUCACCUUCCCUCUGCCAUGGGAGGAUCUGCUGCGCAACCUUCAAGCGCACGAGGCAGAGGCAGCAAGGGCGCAGGAGGCAGCAGGCGCCCAUGCAGAGCAGGCAGACAACACGCCCAGCUUCCCACGCUCUGGCAAAGCGCUCGGGGAGGUGGUGCGGGUCCUCCUCAAGACCAACAGGACCGGCACGACCAGCGAGUCCGAGAUCAAGACCCUGCUCCACCAGGCGACGGUGCGAAGGGAAGUGGUCGUGAGCCUCAUCCUAGACAUGCAGCGCUUGGGGCAUCCGGCCUUCCAGCACCUGCAGCACACGAAAGUACAGGAAGCGGCGGCGCAGCUGCCGGAAGGCGGCGUGCCCCCGGAGGUGCUCAAGAUCAUCCAGGGCAUGAACGAGGAAGACGAGACGGCCCACAAGCUCCAGCCGCAGAAAGCGGCGGCCCCGACGGACGCCCCGGAGCAGGAC